CGGGCAAGAAAGUUAUCGGUUGCUUCGACUACAGCUUGCUCUUUCCCUCCUUCGUUCUUACUGAUACACCCAAUGAGUGAGGACAAAUCAAAUGUACUCAAUACACCUCAAGACGAUGCAGAACGCAUUCGCCGAAAGAGACUAGCGAAACUUCAAUCGACAUCGACCCCAUCUUCAGGCUCAUCAACUCCUGCAGCUAGUUCUUCAACACCUCAACCAAGUGUUACUCCUUCUCCGAAACCCGUUAUCAUUGCACGAGUCCCGAAACAGCCUGAACCAAUAGUCACACCUCCAUCACAAGUCCCAACUGCAGCUCGCAAGAAGGCGCCACCAAAGUUUGACUCUGAAAUCUGGGAACACGAAACUAUAACAUCUGUGUUCAAAGCAACUUUAGACAAAAGCGUUGGUGAACAGAGUGGUUAUGAUACCGUGUGGCUGAAGGAGCUCGGUGAGGAAAUCUUAGCUGAGGAACCAGGUCGUCCGUUACCGCGUUUGAGUGGAGAUAUAAUCGACCGGCUACUUAUAGCAAGAUUAGAGAUCGAUCCACAGAAUAUGAGUGAUGACUUGGAAUUCUUACCAGUAUUGGCAUCCCUACCUCCUCAGCAGACAAUUUUCGAAUAUCUCGUUGGAUGUUGGAAGCGAAUCAACUCUACUAGAUCUGCUCUGAUCAAACGGGGUUAUUCACCGGUCGAUACGCAACAAGCCCUUGAGAAGUUGGACAGAAUGCGCACUUUGAUUAUAAGUUAUGCCGGAUUGACAAUACAAAUGCCAGACAUGUUCCCGCAGCCUUCUGGUCGCGAAGUAGGCUCUAUAGAGCUUGUUGCACCAUUACUUUCUCUCUCCGCGCUCUCUGCCCCGCUACUCUCUGCAUCAUCAACCUCCCCGAAUACACUCGGUCCAUCGGACAUUGAACAAUUUUUGCAAGAAUUGGCUGUUCGCUUUGAGCCUGACAACGAGAUAGACGGGAUCCUUGGCCCGGUAGUACACGAUCUACUUUUCCACCCGUCGUUAUUCCGGCCUGAAGGAUUGGCCGGCGGUGACUCUAGUUGGCGGGGUGUGGUUGGCGGUUUAGAGGCUUUGGUGUCUGUGAAGGCCAUUGCGACAAUGAUCACAAGGAUGCCAGAAUGGAUUCCUCCCGGAGCUACGGCUGCCAACAUAGAGUUAACAUCCUUGAUGGGUCCACUUUGCCGUCUCGGCGUCUUCUCUAGGGAAUGGCCUAAAAUUUCUACGACUUACUUCUCGGAUGCUGAAAAGCGAACGAGGGAAGAUGUGGAGUCUUCAUAUGCAAGCCUUCGGGGAACGUUGAAGAGUCUUCAGAAUUCUCUGUUUCAAAUCUUCAACACUCUAGUCAGGGCGUCUGCAGACUCCAGAGAGGCUGUCCUUCAAUAUUUUUCUCGAAUUAUUGCGCUCAAUAACAAGAGAGCAGGAAUGCAGGUCGAUCCUGCGACUGUAUCUAGUGAUAGUUACGUGAUCAACAUACAGACUGUGUUGUACCGCUUGGCAGAACCCUUCAUGGACGCCAAUUUCAGCAAGGUCGAUCGCAUUGAUCCUCUAUACUUUGCACACUCCCCACGUCUCGAUGUCCGCGAGGAAACAAGAAUUAAGGCAACAAGCGAAGAGGCGACUCGUUGGGCUGAGGAAAAUCGUCUUACGGCGGGAGCACCUCCUCCAAACUUCAUAUCGGACGUUUUUUACCUUGCGGUUGCUAUGAGUCAUUACGGGUAUCAGAAGACAAUCUCGAGCUUCAUGGACCUCGGGAAGCAUCUGGAUGAUAUUCAACGACAUUUAGAUUUUUUGCAAGGAGAUGGGUCGUGGACGACUGGCCCUUUGCGUGCACGUACGGAAGCAGCUAUCAACGCCGUGAAGCUGGAACAAAACAAGAUUAGAGCCGCUCAACUGGCAUAUGAAGCUCAGCUACUCGAUCCCGAAUUGGUCUACAGGUCCAUAAGCUUCACGAAUUUCCUGUCGACGUGGCUCAUCAGACAGGUCGACCUCAAGAAAACCCAUCCAAACCCUCCCGCUCAACUCCCUUUACCCCAAGAAGUUCCAAUGUCAUUUCGAGUUCUUCCAGAAUUCAUAUUGGAGGAUAUUGUAGAAUAUCUUCAUUUUGCUACUCAAACUUCUCCGGACAAGUUCGAGCUUUCUGGGAAGAAUGAAGUCUUGACGUUCGUGCUCACAUUCUUAACCUCGACUUGGUACAUCAAGAACCCAUUCUUGAAGUCAAAAAUCAACGAUAUUUUGUUCAUGUGUCUAUGGGGUUAUGGACGCGAGCGCAACGGUAUCCUUGGAGGCCUAUUACAUAGCCAUCCUCUGGCCCUUAAGCACUUGAUGCCUGCUUUGACCAAUUUUUAUAUCGAGGUUGAGCAGACCGGCGCCAGUUCACAGUUUUAUGAUAAAUUUAACGCACGGCGGAACAUCGCUUUUGUACUGAAGAACAUCUGGAACAAUCCAACACAUCGAGAAGCACUCAACUCUGAGGCCAAGAAUGUCGACAAAUUCGUCCGAUUCAUAAACCUGAUGAUCAAUGAUGUGACAUAUCUCAUGGACGAGUCGAUCAGUGAACUCACUCAAAUCCACGACAUUCAGGUUGAGAUGGACAAUAAAGAAGUAUGGCUAUCGAAAACUCAAGAAUAUCGGCGGGAGCGAGAGGGAACCUUAAGACAGCUGGAGAGACACGCAUCGAGUUACACCACGUUGGGCAGGUCGACCGUCGAACUUCUCAAAUUAUUCACUGCGGAGACGAAAGCACCAUUCAUGAUGCCCGAGAUUGUCGAUAAACUGGCAGCAAUGUUGGAUUACAACUUGGUCGCACUCGCAGGGCCGAAGUAUCAGAACCUGAAAGUCAGGGAACCGGAGAAGUUGCGGUUCGACCCAAAAGCUUUACUGAGCGACCUGAUUCAGAUUUAUCUGAAUUUGAGCGACCAGCCGGAAUUCGCCAGGGCAGUUGCAGGAGAUGGAAGGAGUUAUAGUAGAGAAAUUUUCGAGAAUGCGGAAAAAAUUGCGUUGAGAGCGGGAUUGAAGACGGCCACAGAACUGGAGAAAUUGAGGGUGUUUGUGCAGUUGGUCGAGGAGGCUAAAGAAUUAUUAGAGACAGAGGAAGACUUGGGGGAAAUUCCUGACGAGUUUUUAGAUCCUCUCAUGGCUACGGUGAUGAGAGACCCGGUAAUCUUACCGUCGUCUCGCGCUAUUGUUGAUCGUUCCACGAUCAAGUCCCAUCUUUUGUCGGACACGAAAGAUCCAUUCAAUCGUGCGCCGCUGAGUAUUGAGCAAGUAAUCCCAGACACCGCGCUCAAGGAGAAGAUCGAAGCAUUUAUCGCUCAACGAAAAGAAGAAAGAAAGAACAGUGCCUCCAGCAGCGCGGACGUUGAGAUGCAAUGAAUUUAUGUAAGUUGUGGUUCCUAGAUGUACUUGCUCUAUUGUGUAGUUUUAUACGUGCAUACGUUAUGAAGAUGCCUAAAACGAAUCAAUCAUGAAGCAGUGGUAUGUCCUGGUAUUAAGGGAAUUUAGAUUAGCUAGUGGGACG